CAGUCGCUGAAUCCACGUCAUGGAAAGAGACUAUAGAGAUCCGGAAGACUGGCAGGAUCGAACGGGUGUCCACGAAAUCAUCCACGAGGCAUCGAUAGCGAAUAAGGAAAGCGUCGCGACGCCCUCGUUAAACAAUCGAUUCUGUUAUUCAAAAAAGGAGAGCGCACUGACGCGUCUGACGUUUCGACACCGUAGAAGCAACAGGAGGCUGUUUUUGUUUACGGGCACAAGAUUUUUUCCUCAAUCUUCAUCCCGUUGGGUAAUGAACCUGGACUAGGUGCUCGAGAGAACCAUACACUGAUGUACCGAGUGAGGGAGAAAAAGAAGCCGGGACCAGGUAUUCCAUGAAAACCACGUGAUGUUUUACCGGGGGACGGAAUGAUUUCUCUUCGAUUCCGCUUACGCAAUGAGAAAACAUCUCACGAAAUCAUCGGCUCUUUCUCCACUGUGACGUCAGGCGAUUACAUCGAGACGCACUUGAUGCUUCUAGAAGUGAAAAGGCGGUCAGGGCAGUAACAUUGUGAUGUAGCAUACGUGGGAUCAUGCGCCAAGUAAACCCAUCCUAUGGAUUGGUGCCACGUAGCUCGAUCCUUUUCACACAUUUAUCAUCCAUCGAUCCGUACCUGCACCGCGAAUUGAGAUUACUUCGGAUGCAUUGCCCAUACAGUGCAUUGCGGUCAUUUUCUCUGACACCUGUUAUGCAAGAGUAACACAUAAAGAUAUCGGAUGCUGUAUUUUUUUAAAAAUCCAACAACGUCCGCGAAGAUCGUCCAUUCAAGCGGACAUGGAAAAGCCUACCUGCUGUAUUUUCCAUAAAGGAAACGGAGUAAGAGUAGGAGGGAAGAAGAGAGGAAAAAAGAAAAAGAAACAAAACAAGAAAAAAGAACGUCGUGACUGCGCUCGUAUUUGUGCAUCCCAUUUCCGAUUAUCUCGCAACGCCAUUGUUCAUCGUGAAAAUCGAAGGACGCCGCCGAUGCUACGUAACUUCCGGUGAUAGAAGUCGAAAAAAAAACUUUUACCUUCGAUCGCAUCUACAUGUUCGUCGGCGUAAGAGGCGGCCCAUUUCUAUUGUUAUAUUACUAUAUCUAUCUGAUACCACACAAGGCGCAGCUUCCCUGCCUUCCAUAAAUGUAUCCAAAGCGAAUUUUGCAAAUGCAUGUAUCGUUUUGCCGCAUGCGUUCCCGUUUGUCCCGCUGCGUUAUGUAUGCACUUAUGUACUUAUGUAAAGGCGCAUGACCGUUAGACCACCAAUGUACGACCGCUACAUGCAGAUAAAACGUCACAGUCCGUCGUUCCUCUGACAAUGCCAUUAACAUUUUCAAUAAUUCCUGGUUACGUAAUCGGUAACCCGGUUGUGAUUUUGAUUUUGAAAAAAAAAGAAGUUCAGAACCGAAUACAAGAUGAUUCUAUAGUGACUAAUCUAGAUAGAAAUAAAUGUAAAUCCAAAAAGCCCUGUAUGCAUCGUGCAUGUGAUUAUAUAGUUAAGCCACGUCACAUCCGGUAACUUGUACGAUGUCAAUUGCUAAUCAAAAUUGACCUUGACUUUCUUUUUAAUUGAAAGUUUCGGUCUCGACCUGAUUCUUGUAUUUAUUCCUGAUUUAGUUUCAAUUGAUUGAUUAAUCUGUCUGUCUUUGUUUUUAACGCUUUCAGAUUAAUGGGCCUUAUAUUGGGCCCCGUAAUGAACCGGUGUGAUGCGCAUCCACAAAGCCCACAAGGUGCAGACAUCCGGUCUGUACGGUUGUUAUUCAUUGCUAAUCGAAGCAACCUUGAUUUUGGUUCGGGGACCUUCGAGUCUGGCAUUCGAUUACCAAUGGGCCCGGUUGCCCGAGAAGUCUGCUGCCCCUCUUAUGCCAAUCGGGAGUGACUUUUUUUACGUACAGUCUUUUCUUUUCCUUAUCUUGCCUUCUCUCCGUCCUAUAUGUCUCUCCUUCGACUCUCUCCCCCGCCCCCCCUCUCUUCUUUCAGGCGCUACAAAAGACCGUAAGUCCACUCUGGUAUUCCUUGCGAUCUUGAAAUUCCACAGAUCAAGGCCUUACGGCAUCUCCGCGACAUCCCCGAGAGAUCAGGAGAAAAUUCAUGGCUUUUAAUGGAAUUGAACCAUACCCUAAAUAGACUCUCAUCAGUUUUUAUUGGACGCGCCAAUAACCUAGAGGUUCGAGCCUGUGUCUUUUUAUAUAUAUAUAUAGCUUCCCUCUCGCUCCCUCGUUCCUUAAUAUUUAUUUGUCCUCUUCCUUCUCGAACAACAACUUAAUUCCGCAUUGUAACUACAUCUUGACCCAAUCCGACUACCGCUAGAUUCUCAGAAUGAAUCCAAUAUUCUUCGAUACUUCCUUGAGAUGCAAACUUCCAUCACUGUCUACAGUGAAAAAAAAAAGUUGACAUGUAUUAUGCAUAAGUCGUAUUUAAGUGGGUGACAAUUCGCGAGUAGUGUUAAAUGCUCUAAACACUUUGUACAAAAUACCUUUACUCGUCCCUUCACAUAACCCAGGCGGAUUUUUCCAGCGCGUGGUCUACCGCGCAUGCGCAGUACCCAAAUAUACGGCUAGAGCGAACAGAGGUGAGCGCUCAGUUCACAACUCCAGAAAGGUCGACAACUCCAGUGUAAUACAAUAACCCAGUCAAUGCACAAUUCCAAAGCACGAAUAUAGGUUAGUCUGGAAAACAUAUAUAUAAAGGUAAAAAAAAAAAGUCACUAGAUUCACGAAAAUUCUCACUAGACGUGUCUCACUUGCGUGUCCCACUGAUACGAAUAGAAACAUCCGAAGGCCAAUCGACAGUUUUAACUUUAGAUCAAAAUUCGGUUAGUCAGUAUUCGACAAAAUUUUUCUGAUCUCGUUUUCAUGAUAACAGGAACAACCUUGAUUUCUUUCUCGUACGAGUCAGACAUCAGAGCAUCUUUAAUCAAUCAAGACUCUCGUAUUUGGCAAAUCUUGUGAAUACGUUUGAUCUCUCAUCUCCAAUGCAGACGCAUCUUGCUUGCUACGAAAUACAUUAGUCCUCAAGUGGGCCAAGCCCUUAGUAAAAUUUAAUACAAAAAGUAUCCUUGAUUAUGUUAUCGUUGCAAUGAUCAUGCGAAAAGCGAUAAUGGCAAACAAAUAAAAACUGACUUAUAGAUAUACUACCAUAUAGAUGUACUGUAUGGGAGGUUCUACGGCACCUGCGACAAGGUGGUACUACUGCUUCUUCCAAAGUGUACUUUGCUUAGUGAAUAUAUAGAUAUACUGAUAUAUCUGUGUACACCGGUCUUAUAGCGCAAGAAAAGGUCCCUUGAGGUUCCACUCGUUACAGGUCCCCUCAUUUGAACCAGGGUAGCCAACAGUCAAUCCUUUCUUGAAAUUCGUCUCCUGGGCUACACCACUCGCCUGGUCGUCCUGUUCGAAUCCAUAUGUAUGGGGUGAACAGCGACGUAAAUGUGCUGACUACAUUACGCCACUAUAUAAGAUAGCCGUUUACGAUCCUAUCCCCAGACCGAGUCAGAUCGGCAAACGGUUAACUGACUGACAGCUACAGAAACAGGAUACAAGAGUUACAGUAACACAGUAUAACAUUAUUAUAUCGUGGGGACAUUAUAUUUAUAUAGUACAUUAACACGAACAACAAUAUACGGCACUGUGCAUCAUUCGACCAAUCAGUGCAUGCGAGGUUAACUUACAAGAGGAAGAACAGGGAGUUACGUUCUCUCUUUUUUUUAAAUCAUCCUUCCUUUUCUCUUCCGUGAAGUUGGACAAAGAGAUUUGACAGAGUCAAGAGAGGAGAGAAAAAGAGCACAAGAUACAGGGUGGUCUCGCGUCGUCAAUUUGUUCCUUGAUUUCCUGUCAAGAGAAGUAGGGGAGGACAAAGGGAAACUAGGGAAAACUUAAAGAGAGCUCUACGAGAGGCGUGUACCGAGAGAAGAAAGAGGGAGGAAAGCGCUGGUGAAGAUACAAGGACCUGACGAGAGAGGUUGAUCUUUGGUUCGGUUUUUUUAUUUUGUUAAAAAAAAAUCUUAAUUAACAUGGCACUGUUCGCGACGAGCGCCACUACUUAUUUCCUCAUCGUCGCAUCCCUUGUCGCACUGAUUCUCAUCCUGGUGGAUCAUCUGAGAUCACGCAAAGUGAUUUCCUCUACGAGGAAAAUACAAGACAGCAAAACGCCUUUACUGCCUGAACCACCCGGCCCAAAGCCUUGGCCGAUUCUUGGCUCUCUACACAUUUUCGGCCAGUACGACGUGCCGUACAAGGCAUUCAGCGACCUGGCCAGGAUCUACGAGAGUCAGGUCGUUAAACUGAAGAUGGGAUCCGUACCGUGUGUAGUCGUGAACGGUUUGGAGAACAUCAAGGAAGUGCUCAUCACUAAAGGGACCCAUUUUGACUCCAGGCCCAAUUUCGCGCGCUACCAUCAGCUCUUCUGCGGGAACAAGGAAAACUCACUGGCCUUCUGUGACUGGUCGGACGUCCAGAAAUCACGGCGUGAAAUGCUGCGCGCGCACACCUUUCCACGAGCAUUCACAGCCAAAUACAACCAGCUUAACAGCAUCAUUGGGAAUGAAGUGGAACACCUGACGCAUCAUCUACUCUCACAAACCGGAAGAACCGUGGAGGCUAAGCCUUUGAUACUGUACACCUGCGCCAAUAUCUUCACCAGCUACUUUUGCUCUCGUCGCUUCGAUCUCGAUUACCUUCCCUUCCGGCAGAUGAUCAAGAACUUCGAUAAAGUCUUUUACGAGGUGAACCAGGGCUAUGCUGCUGAUUUCAUGCCUUUUCUGAUGCCACUUCAUCAACGCAACAUGUCACGGAUGGCAGACUGGAGUCACAAGAUUCGCGAGUUUGUCGAUGAGCAUAUAAUACGCGACCGGUUUGACUCCUGGUCUGAGGUCAUUCCCGAGAACGACUACGUUGAUUGUCUGAUCAAUCAUAUCAGGACCAAUGCCGAACCCAAGAUAUCCUGGGACAUGGCUCUCUUUGCUCUGGAGGAUAUCGUCGGAGGUCAUUCAGCUGUUGGGAAUCUGCUUGUAAAAGUCCUUGGUUUUCUCGCUACCCGGAUAAACGUUCAGAAGAUCGCGCAGCAGGAAAUUGAUCUUGUUAAUAUCGAGGGAACCACUGUGGGCUUGGAGCACAGAGUAUCGAUGCCUUAUACGGAAGCCAUUAUUUUGGAAGCCAUCAGAUUAAUUGCCAGUCCGAUUGUACCGCACGUGGCUAAUCAAGACAGCUCGAUAGCAGGAUACAAAGUCGAUAAGGACACGUUCAUAUUCUUGAACAAUUACGACCUCAAUAUGUCGGAGCAACUGUGGACGAAACCGGAAGCAUUCAUGCCUGAGAGAUUUGUUCAAGAUGGCCGACUCGCGAAACCCGAACACUUCCUGCCAUUCGGUGGUGGACGCAGAUCUUGCAUGGGGUACAAGAUGGUCCAAUACUUGAGCUUCUCGACGCUUGCCACUAUCCUCAAGAACUUCACGAUAUUGCCGGUAGAUGGUGAGAGUUAUAAGGUAGCGAUCGGUAACCUAGCACUUCCAGAAGUCACAUUUAACUUUCGGUUUGAGAGACGAUGAGAUCGUUUCACCCAAAAUUAACGUUUAAAGGGUAUAAACCCAUGAAACACAAGAGAAAUGAAAUUUACAAUUUUUGUUACUUUUACAAGUAGCGAAUUAAUAACAAUGAGAUAGGUAGAUAGUUAAAGAUGGAAAAAGAGAGAGAAGGACACAUCAUUCCCACGUGGUAGAAUGUUAUGGAAAGAAAAAAGAAACAGGAACUAGAUGAAAGCUUCACUGACAUUACUAGAUUUUUAAGAUAUAGUCAAAUUUAAAUCGUUCCUUCGGUAUUGAGGACUAUCAUUCUAUAAUAAUCGAAUGGUUCGUUAAGCGUGACACCUCGGUGUCUUACAGAAAAGUCUAUGAAUUUCAAAUUUUUAUAACAAUUACUUGGCCAUGGAUAUCGUUUCUCAAUUUCUCUUUCCUUUUUUCACAAAAUCAACCCCCCCUCCCCCCC